UAAGAAGCAACAACAUUAAUUUACAAAAUUUUGCAGGGUGAAGUCAGAUUUAAUUGGAACUUUUGGUUUAUAUGAAUCAGGAUGCAGACAGCAAAUCCCUGGAAGAAACCGUAUGUCUGCGGGUUAUGUGGACACCAAUUUGUGCAUUUGCUAAAUUUAGGACUCCAUGUGCGCACACUGCACCUCAACAAAGAGAGUACCUUCAAACCAAGACAGAGCAAAAGAUAUCCCAAAGAUAUUAAAAAGAGUGUUACCAGUGGUGCCUGCAAAACCAGUAAAGAUAAACAAAACUAUCGGGAAACAGAAUCAGUACGCAUGGACAGGGAGAAAGAAAUUCACCUGGAACAAUCAAGAGUGCUUGACACAAAAACUGAUGAACUAAUAUCUCCUCAAACAAGGAGAAAAAGCAAAAGAAUAGCAUCACGGAAGAUGACACAGAAAGACAAACAUUACACAUCGCGGAACAUGACACAGAGGGAUGGACUUGGACAUCAUUUAACCAGGGAUGUUAAAAAGAAAACUGCUCAUCAAAACAAGAAUGAUAAUCAGGACGUGUCUGAUUUUGAAUCAUCAACAACGCCGGACAGAUUUGAAGAAGAGUAUUCUGGGAUCUCAGUUUUACUGUAUCCUGGGAAAGAAACUGCCACGCCCCCUUCACACCCUGAGGAUCCCAGUGUCCAAACCCAGGGACUAAGUGUUCUUCACCCUGGCGAUGGAGGAGAACAUCACACAGAGUCCAGCUCUGACUCAGGAGGGACGGAUCAGUUCUUUUUGAGACUGCCAAACGGCAAACGCUUCCUCAUCCAGAAAGAAAUGGAAAGUACCGUUUUCAAGGAGGUGGACUCUUCUGCAGAGGAGGGAGAAAAAGAGAAUGUGUUAACGAGUUCGAUGGUGACCUGUAAUAUUUGUCAGAAGACUUACACGGCCAGGAGCAUAAAGUCGCACAAGUGCCGUGAGAUCUGUGAACGCUGCGGUCGAGUCUUCCCUCACAUGAAAGCUCUUCGAAACCAUCAGGCGUAUGGUAAUAAUUGCGCUGACAGGGUGCUCCCCCUGGUGUGUGACUUGUGCGGCUAUGUUGCCAGCAACAGACACAGGUGGAAGGAACAUGUACAACAGCUGCAUUCAGAUGUUCGUCCAUUUCAGUGUUCUGUCCCGGACUGUAACAAAAGCUUCAAGGUGAAGGCUGCUCUACAACACCAUAUCAAAUACAGGCAUGGAACUACCGAGAGAAAAGUAAAAUGUGAGAUUUGCUCAAAAACGUGGCACCAUCCAGCGCAGCUCCGGACUCAUAUGAAAACCCACAGCGGGACAAGAAACUACGAAUGUGAAUUGUGUCUGAAAACUUUCACCACCAAGAGUAAUCUGGACCAACACAGUAAGACUGCCCACGGCAACACUGUGUACAGCUGCGCCCUCUGCCACUUCACCACAAUUCACAGAAACUCCAUGAAAAGACACAUGAAACUUGUGCAUAAAAUCCUGGAAGCUACUUUCAUAGGAGAGCAGCCCCCUGGCGGUGUGGCUGUCACAACUCUAGAUGUCGCCACUGAGGCUUACACUGAUGAUGACAAUACCAUAGGUGGCAGCACUGAGGUGUACACUGUUGCUGACUCAGCAGGUUGUGGUGACGCAACUGUAGAUGGCAGCACAGAGGUGGUGUACACUGUGGAAAGCACACCUGCAGAGGGAGACACUGUUGCAGUUGAGUCAGCGACUGAGGGAGCUCCAUCUUUUGUAAUCCUUGAAGAAACAGCUGCUGUAGAACCUGGACAUAUAGUUGUACAGACUGAUUUAGCGCCCCAUCUAACGCAGUGAUGGAGCCUAAGGGACCGUUCAGAUGAAAAAUCUAAUUUCUAAAAAUCUAAAAAUCUA